AUGACGAUUGGUAUUGGUGGAGGAAUUGGUAUUGGCAUUGGCGUUCCUGGUAUCAAAGUAUCGAUCGGUGGAGGCAUCGGUAUCGGAAGUAGAAAGGGGGGGUGCAAGAGUCAUGAUCCUUCAAAAAAAUGGAGUCAAGUUCCCAAUGCGCAAGCAGAUCAAGUUAUUAUAAAUGUUGCUAACUUUGCAGUGGCAGCGUUCAACCAAAAAUAUGGAAAUAAGCUUGUGUUUCAUGCAGUUUUGGAAGCUUGGGUUGUUGUUCUUCCUGAUGGCAAAAAAGAGUAUAGUAUUGAAUUAGUAGCAAAAGACUGUUUGAAUCGUUGCCUCUACUUUCAUGCUAUUGUGAUUGAAAUAGUUGGCGUUCCCCCUGGCUGGAAUCUUUUUUCUUUCACCCAAAUCAGCGACUAA